AUGAACUUCGCAUAUAUCACGUCCUCAGGAUCAGUCAUUUCAUAUGAUGAUUUAUCCGAAGUUGAAGUGACGGCAAAAUUAUCAGCACGAGGAGUAGAUGAAGUGUCGUCACCUGACUGUGAUUUUGAACAGAUUGAUUUUAUAAACAAGGCAUACAUUUCCUCAUCAGGAUCAUCUGUUUCGUUCGUCAAAUUAUUUACCGCAGCUGUAGCAUUAGCAAAGGAGUCGGCAAAGUGUUGAGCGUCCCUCUCUGUCGUAGUUUCUGCCACGGGAUCAUCUUCAUCUAACAUAUGGAGGAUGUUGGGCGUUAGACCAGCUAAGCAUCUCUCGUCCGACUUCCUUGAACGUAAGUAGUAAUCUCUUUGAGGGCUAUCACCUGAUGCUACUGUAACAAAACUCUCGUUUAGGGAAUCAUCAUCAUCCUCCGUAGAACUUGAUUUUGUUUCCACGCCUUCAAGGUCAUAGAGAAUAUCCCGACGAAUGACAGUGAUAUCCUCAUCAGUUGGCUGAUAGUCUUCAUCUCGCUGUCGAGGACUAGUUGAAGUAAAGGACACAAAUUCAUUGGCAGUUUCCUCAGUAGAUGUAGUAUCGGAAGGCAUUGACUGCGAUCGAACAUUAUUUAGUACAUCCUCCUCGUCAUCAACUUCAUCCGUGAAGUCCAUGGCAAUAAUAUUUUUUGCGGAAUCUCCAGGUUUUGAUUUCGAUUCCUGCUGACGUUUCUUCGCGACCUCAGUUUUGAGCUUAUUCGUGAGAGAUCUUGUAACUCUUCUCUUGCACCAUGUAUCCAUAAAAUUUGAAUUUGGACCAAAUGCAGGGAGAUCAAAACCAAGAACCCUUGCUCGUUUUCGUGUUGAUGUUGAAGCCGAACCGGUUUCGGGUUCAAGAAGAGUCAGCUCACCGCUCAUAUAUUGCUUAAAAGCCUUAACAACAACAGGAUUUGUCAAAACUUGCUUUAGAAGCCGUUUAACUUGA